AUGCAGCAGCAGCAGCAGCACCUCAACCCAAGGCACUUAGUUCUUGCAAAGAUGCUGCAGCGAAGCCAGGAGUUCGCCCUUCCCCUCGCAAGCGUUUCCCACGCUUCCAAGCUCGAGCAUCGCUGGCAGUUGGGAGCACGAGCAUCUUUAUUAUUAAAGAAAACCUUCGAAACCGAGGGCGGAAACAAAACUGGAGGGGCUUGCGAUUUCCAGAUUCCAACUCUUGAUCGGAAUGUGCCUGGGCUUUAUUUUUUAUUUCCUUUUUCGCAUCUGCGUUCAUUCAUGGAACCGGCACGUUUCUUGGGGAAUGUUGCACUGGAGCAAAAAAGAAAAAAAAAAAGAUGCUGCUGCUAUUUGAGCGCAGUCAAUAGCCUUCUUCUGCCACUGAAUCGCCUCUCCCGCCUUAGCGUGGGAAGGGCGGGCGCAGCGGCGAUAAUAGUAGCAAGUAGUAACGGGAGGGAGGGAGGGGAGGGGCGUGGCCUCGCCGGGCGUGGGCGGGGCGGCCUCUCCCGAUUGGCCGCCGCGGCGCUCGGAAGCACUUUGUUUUCUAUGCUAAUGAGGGCGGAGCGGAGGCUUGUGGAUAUUUACGUUGAGGCGGGAGCCGCCGCCCUUCAUUUCUCCACCCCCCCUCCGCUUUUAUCCACAUGGUUCUCUCCUCUCUCGCUCUCUCUCCCCCCCCCCUUCCCCAGCUCGCCUGAUGCCGCCGCCCUCCUCCUCCUUCCCGCCACUUCUAUGAGGGGAGAGGGGGUGGGGCGGGGAAAACGGGAGCGGCGGUUGGUUGGUCGGUUGGCCGUGAGGUGUUCCUCCCCCUCCCCACUCCACCCACCACCACCUUUUACGCGAGAGCCCCCUCACGCGCCACAGCCCGCGCGGCGGCUACUGCGGCGGCCGCUUCUUCGGCUUCGUGAGGGGGAAGAGAGAGAGAGAAAGCGCGCUCUCUGCCUCAUUGGCCGUGACUGGAAAGAG